CGAAAGAGAGGCAUACACUCUGAGGUUGUGAGCCUCCAAGCGCCCCUUGCGGACUCAGAAGCGCGCGCAAGUCUCGUGCUUCUGGGGCUCUGGGGGCGGGGCCUGCAGCCACGCCCACGUCCCGCCCUCUGAUUGGUCCCUUCGAAACAGGCGGCGGCGGCGGUUGGUCAGGGGCGUGCCGGCGCCGCACUGAUUGAGCCGAGAUGUCGCCCCGCCGCGUGCAGUGACCCUCCUACGGCGGUGCUGGUUUCCCCCAAAGGGCGGAGAGGAGCAGAGGUGAAGGCAGUGCAGAGAAAAGCGAUUUGAUUUGAGUAUUACUGACCAUGCAGCCUGCAAUUCAAGUGUGGUUUGGAGAAGACCUGCCUCUAAGCCCACGGAGCCCUCUGACCCCCAGACAUGGGCCAGGUUUGGCUGAUGUUUGUCAGUAUGAUGAGUGGAUAGCUGUGAGGCACAAAGCCACCCUAUUGCCCAUGCAAGAAGAUCUGUCAAUCUGGUUAUCUGGUUUAUUAGGUAUUGAAGUUAAGGCAGAAAGAUUACUGGAAGAGCUUGAUAAUGGAGUGCUGUUAUGCCAACUGAUUGAUGUUCUUCAGAACAUGGUGAAAGCCUACAGCUCUGAAGAACCAGAGAAUUUUCCAAUGAGAAAAGUGCCCUGUAAGAAAGAUGCUGCCUCUGGUUCGUUCUUUGCUAGAGACAAUACUGCGAACUUCCUUCACUGGUGUAGGCACAUUGGGGUUGAUGAGACGUACCUCUUUGAAUCUGAAGGUUUAGUUUUGCACAAAGAUCCAAGACAGGUGUAUCUUUGUCUUCUUGAAAUUGGUCGAAUUGUGUCAAGGUAUGGGGUUGAGCCACCAGUAUUAGUAAAACUUGAGAAAGAAAUUGAGUUAGAAGAGACCUUACUUAAUACUUCUGGGCCUGAAGAUUCCAUCAGCAUCCCCAAAUCGUGCUGUCAGCAUGAAGAGCUGCAUGAAGCUGUUACACACAUUGCUGAAGAUCCCCCUUGCAGUUGUUCUCAUCGGUUUUCUAUUGAAUACUUAUCUGAAGGACGGUACCGACUAGGAGAUAAAAUACUCUUUAUAAGAAUGCUUCAUGGAAAACAUGUCAUGGUCCGUGUUGGUGGAGGCUGGGAUACUCUUCAAGGAUUUUUGCUUAAAUAUGACCCCUGUCGAAUAUUACAGUUUGCUACACUAGAACAAAAAAUUCUAGCGUUUCAAAAAGGCGUUUCUAAUGAAAAUGUGCCCGAUUCACCUGCCAGAACACCCCAGCCUCCUGAAAUGAAUCCGAUGUCAGCAGUUAGCAUGAUUCAGAAAGAAAAAUCAAAACCGGGCACGCCAGUUGGUAUUCCAAGGAGCAGAGAAAAGCUGCCAGCACCUUCCCUGAAAGGAGGUCACCCGGGCUCCGUGUCAGUCCGUUCAAAAAUGCCACAUCCCCCAGCAGCACCUUCUCAUCUCAAACUCCAAUCUUCCAAAGGCACAGCCAAGAAGCCACAGGCUCCUUCCAGCAAUGCAGCAUCCUCACUUGCUUCUUUAACUUUAGGAGGUAAAAGCACUUCUUCCCCAGCCUUACCAAGAACUGCACCUUGUGGAUCUGAGUCAUUGAGAAAAUGUAUCUCAUCACCCAACACUCAGAAGGCCAAGUUUACUCCAGCCCAGAAAUCAAGAGAUGUGCCCGAUUCUACACUUUUGCCAAAUAAGUGUUCAGGGAAAACGCAGCUAAAGCAUCUGAAACACAGUCAUACAUCCUCCAGGGAUAAUGCAGUAUGUCACUCAGCUGCGCAUUUGAAUUCAUCAUCAAAGUGUCCGAAGCUACCUAAACCUUCUCCUUCUGUCCAGUCCCCUGCAGAAAUGAUGAAACCCAGUUCCAAAACCGUAACCCCAGGUCUAGGAGCACGGUCUCAGCCUUCAGACGGAGCCUCGCAAGCAGGGGCAGUGCCAGCACAGAGACUUAAGUCAGCCUUGAACUUAAACCAGCCACUUUGUGUAUCCUCAGUCACUCCUGCAGAAGCACAGGAAUCGAAAGAUAAGAAGGUAGUUUCAUUUGCCAAAAAGCAGCCUCAGAAGACAGGACCCGGCUCCUCCAAGUCCCCUGGCCGCACCCCGCUCUCCGUCGUGAGUCUUCCUCAGUCCUCUGCCAAAGCACACGCGGUGUCAAAGGCAGCACAGACUGCCACCCGGGGCCCGCAUUCAGCCAGAGGGCCUCCCAAAGGUGGCAAAGCCCCAGCUCCCACCAGGAAACCACCCUCAUCUGUUAAGGAAGCAGGGAGUGGGGAUAAAAAGCCUACCGCAAAGAAAAAGGAAGAUGACGAUCACUAUUUUGUUAUGACUGGAAGUAAGAAACCUAGGAAAUAAAUACAAAUGUGCCAUUUAAAAAAAAACCACAGAAAAAGAAGAGAGUGAAUGUGUUAGCUUCACAAGUUAAAGGGUUCUGUUUGUGCUUGUCCAAAUUGGUUCAGACAUUAAGUACAGUAGCAUGGGGGUGCAGGUUGGGAUGGAGCUAGGGGUGGUGAGGAGAGGGCUCAUCAGAAUUCCAGAUCUGAGGUCCCCAUAUCUUGAGGCAGGCAGCUGUAAAAUUGCCACAAGGUUCAUAUGAAUAAUAGAAUCUUUGUUAAUGUCUGCCCUUUAAGGGGACUGUAAAGUCAAAUAACACUACUAGAGCUAUAACUACGGUUGCUAUAUUUUUAAAUAUUAAGUAUAGGUUUAUAUUUUUAUAGAGAGGUUGCAUACCUGCAAGUAGCAAUGGUGGUGCUUUUAAUAUUAGCUCCUGCAUUUUAGUAAAAUAGCAACAGUUUGGCACUUGUCUUUCAAAAGGCACCUAACUUUAUUUUCUGAUCAGGAUUGUCUGAUCAAACAGCACUAAGUACCAAUGGCUGCCGCUCAUUAGGUUGGUGUUAUUCUGGGUUUGGUAAAUUCUUACUACUUUUUUUUUUAAGCUUCCCUAAUCAGGGGGAACUGAUUUUUAAAAUAUAUAUAUAUUACUGAUUUCAGAGAGGAUGGGAGAUGGAAAGACAGAUAAAAACAUCAAUGAUGAGAGAGAAUCAUUGAUUAGCUGCCUCCUGCACGCCCCCCCACCUGGGAUUGAGCCUGUAACCCAGGCAUGUGCCCUGAUUGGCUAUUGAACUCAUGACCUCCUGGUUCACAGGUCAGUGCUCAACCACUGAGCCACUCUGGUCCAGUGGGAACUAUUUUUUAACCGACUUAUUAACAUUGGUAAUAUUUUGUUACCAAUAUUUUUGGUUUAAAAAAAGAAACAAGGUAUUGAAAGGUCAACAGAAAUUUAGUAAAAUCUAAGUUUUUAUUAUUUAUAAGUAUUUAUGCGUUUCAUUUUAGAUGGAUGUUGUGCAGUGGGAAAGGGGAAACUUAUUUAGUAGCUUUUAGCAUAUUGAAAAUAUUUUUAAUAAUGUAAUUUCCUACCAGUGCAGAUAUGAAUUUUUACAUUAAUAUAACAUCAGAAUUACAUUUUAACAGUCUUAAAGUUAAGGCAAUAAAGAAGCUUAGAAUGGUGCUACAUAAAAAUUCUUUCAUGUGGUUAUUUUUCUUUAGAAGGCACAAUGCCAGUUUUAAUUAGAUUCUUCCAACUACAUUAAUUUUCUUUUAUAAAUCAUGCUGCCUUCAGUUUUGCAAUAACAAGUAACAGUUUAUAUGCAACAUUUUCUGCUCUGUAGUCAGAUUCUCCAAGGAAUAUAUCAUGUAUUACCACAGAGACUCCAUCAAUCUAAGAUGAUGUUGUAAAUUGCUUUUUAAGAGAUGGUGAAUAUUUAAAACAUUAAUGUACUUUCAGAAGUUUUAGGGGUAUUUUUAAUAACUUUACAGUAUUAUCAGUUAUUAUAUUCAAUAUUGAGGUUUGUGUUUCUCUAUUUUAAACUGUAAUGUGUUUUCUAAGGGAAAAUAAUGGUUUACACAAAUGUGCAAUCAGAGAAUAAGCAUCUGAAGCUGACUACUAAUGCUGUAUAGAUUAUAAAGUAAGAAAACUGUGUAACACUAAGUGACCUUUUGUCUGAGGCAUAUAGUUAAAAUAAGAAAUAUAUGCAAGCUAGUUUGGGGGAUAAUUAAUGCUUUUCUUCAAAAAAGAGACAGUCACCAAAUAUUUGGCUUAGUUCUGCUGUUGAUCUGGGCAUUGAGAGAUAACAUCUACAUCUUUGGAAGGUGAAGUCAAUGUUCAAGAAAUGAUAGCAGCUUCCAUUUUUAAUGAUCAGUAAUAUUUAAUGCAUCUUUCAAAAAGGAAGAAUUUUACCUUUCAAAGAAGAAGAAGGAGUUUAUUUCCUUGUAAGAGGAAACAAUACUUCUAUAUAAGUAACUUCUAGAAUUAAAAAAAAAUAAAUGAUAUUAUAGCCAAGCUAUGAAUCUAAGUAAAUUUUACAAUAUAUGAAUUUUUGUGUUGAGAGUCUUCAGGAAUAUGAGUAUCCCAGACACCUCGCAUAAAUUCCAAGAAUUAUGUGUGUGUUUUUAAAUUGGAAAUUCAUUUGUAAAUAGCCUUAUUUUUCAUUAGUAGGGAAUUUCUCCAUUUAUAGUCAUGUUGAAUGAAUUUUAUCCUAAAAUAAAGGUUUUUUGAAAUAAUGCCUGAAAGAUACUUUCUUCAAAUUUAUUUUCAAAUGCUGUUAAAGAAGGGCUAGUGUCUCUAAUCAUUUUCACAAUUAAAAAAAUAUAUUGCUGAAGUUGGAAAGAAGUUUUUAUUUCUUUUUAAUAAUAGUGCAAGAUUAUAAAAGCAAUUUUGUGUUUAAUAUUUAAUAAGUUAAUAUUAAGCUUAAAUUACUAAAGUAACUAGAAGAAGAAAAGUGUACUUUCAAAAAAGAAUGGAAUAAGGUUUUUUUUGCUAUGUUAACAUGACUAAUAUAUACAAUUAAUCUUCAGAGGAACAUGAAAUUCUGAUUGUUUUUACAUUGUUUGGCCUUACACUAGGUAUUUAAGGCUUAUAUCUUCAAAAUGCCUUGAUAAAUUAGAUUUCCUCUAACUUUCCUCCCACAGUGAGUUUACAGUUCUUAAUGGAUGAGGGAGAUUUUUUGAGCAAAGAAAAUUACUGUUUCUUCUGCAGUCUAUUUAUCUCUGUGAUUUUAAAGUCUAUUACUUCUUUAAAAGGCUUCCAUAGCAGGCUGUUAUGAUGUUCUGAUACAUUCUUACAUCUGGGUUCACAUACUGACUCUAUUUGAAUACAAAUUUGUGUAAUUCUUUCCUGUGCCAGCAGUUUUUGUAUCAGAUUUAUAUUUUCUCAAGUAUUAAAAGUAAGUGUAUAUACCAA